AUGGGCAAUAACCCUGUCUUUGCCGUGACGGUGUUCUUCAUCUGUUUCCGAGAAUGCCUCGAGACAACAGUGGUUGUCUCUGUCUUGCUCGCAUUUCUGAAGCAGUCCCUGGGCGCUGAAGAAGAUAAGGCCACGUAUAAAAGGCUGGUCAAACAAGUAUCGACACCCCUUGGUUCAACAGUGAAGUUGGUCUGGUUAGGAUGUGGUCUAGGACUGUUCAUUUGUCUGGCAGUUGGUUGUGGCAUGAUUGGUGCUUUCUACGGUCUCGGCACCGACACUUUCUCCAGCACUGAAGACAUCUGGGAAGGCGUUCUAGGUAUUAUCGCUUCUCUAAUCAUCACCAUCAUGGGCGCUGCUCUCCUCCGAGUCUCUAAACUCCAGGACAAGUGGCGUCUCAAGCUUGCAAAGGCUUUGGCGCAUGAGAACAACCCCAAUGAGUCGCGCAAGGGCCGUAUCAAGAGAUGGCUCGAGAAGUACGCCAUGUUCAUCUUGCCCUUCAUUACUGUGUUGCGUGAGGGCCUGGAAGCUGUCGUCUAUGUCGGUGGUGUUGGAUUAGGACUGCCUGCUAGUUCGUUCCCUUUGGCCGUGUUUUGCGGUCUUUUGGCCGGAAUUGCGGUUGGAUAUCUGAUCUACAAGGGUGGUCGUGAGACUUCGAUGCAGAUUUUCUUGAUCAUCUCUACCUGCUUCCUCUAUCUUGUGGCCGGUGGUCUAUUCUCACGUGGUGUUUGGUACUUUGAGAACAACACCUGGAACAAGCUUAUUGGAGGCGACGCGUCUGAGACUGGAUCUGGCGCCGGAUCAUACGAUAUCCGGCAAAGUGUGUGGCACGUGAACUGCUGCAACCCGGAACUUGGUGGUGGUGGAGGCUGGGGUAUCUUCAACGCCUUGCUCGGAUGGACCAACUCCGCAACCUAUGGCUCGGUGAUCUCGUACAAUCUGUACUGGGUCUGUGUCAUGGUCGGCUACGGCUUGAUGUUCUACCGUGAGUGCCGGGGUCCUAUUCCGAUUUUGGACCCCGCGAUGAGCACAGUCGCAGGUUACAAGGCCAGGUCCAGGGCAUUUAUUCUUCGCCGACCUGUAGAGGCGCCCGCCCCUGCUGAGGCGAGUGGUGCUCUGGAGCACACUAUUACGGACAGGAAGGGCUCUGGGGCUGGAGUCUCUACGGUUGUCAGGCCUGCUGAUGCAUGA